CAAUUAGUUUUUGGCCAUAAAAUCCAUAUUCCAGGUUGGCCGCAAAAGAAACACACAAGUGUCAAGUCUCAACAAUAUAUUCAUUCUUCUCUGGCUUUUCUUCUUUGAAAACAUGGCAUCUUCUCAACCCAUCAACAAAACUAUGCUUUUCUCCAUUGCAACUGUUUCCAUUUGGCUGUGCUUCAUUUGUUCGUCAGCGGCGGCGGAGCUUCAACGUUUCGAGCACCGGAUCAUCAAAGAAGAUGGUUCUCUCAGCUUCUUGGUUGUCGGAGACUGGGGAAGAAGGGGACUCUACAACCAAUCUAAAGUUGCUCAACAGAUGGGAGUAAUUGGAGAGAAACUUGAUAUAGAUUUUGUGAUAUCUACUGGAGAUAAUUUCUAUGAAGAUGGAUUAACAGGAGUUGAUGAUCCUGCAUUUCAUGAGUCUUUUACAAAUAUAUACACCGCCCCAAGCUUGCAGAAACAAUGGUAUACUGUUUUGGGUAAUCAUGACUAUAGGGGUGAUGUUGAAGCACAAUUGAGUCCCAGUCAAAGGAAAAAGGAUAAAAGGUGGCUAUGCUUCAGAUCAUUUAUCAUCAAUGCAGAAAUAGUGGAAUUCAUCUUUGUGGACACAACUCCAUUUGUGGAUGAAUAUUUCACUAACCCUGGGGAUCAAACCUAUGAUUGGAAAGGUCUCUCCCCCUCGAGGCAGGCUUACCUUUCAAAUCUCUCGAAGGAUGUGGAUUCAGCACUGAAAAAAUCCACUGCAAAAUGGAAAAUAGUUGUGGGUCACCAUACAAUCAAAAGUGCUGGAGAACAUGGAGUCACCAAGGAGCUUGAAGCCCAGCUUCUACCAAUACUUCAGGCAAACAAUGUGGAUAUGUACAUCAACGGGCAUGACCACUGCUUGGAGCACAUCACUAGCACUGAGAGCCAAAUCCAGUUUCUAACUAGUGGAGGUGGCUCAAAGGCUUGGAGAGGUAAUGUUAGGUGGUGGAAUCCAAAGGAGUUGAAAUUAUACUAUGAUGGACAAGGCUUCAUGACACUACAGAUGACUCUAAACAAGGCUGAUAUUGUGUUCUAUGAUGUCUUUGGCAAUACUUUGCACAAAUGGAGUAUCUCCAAAAAGCUUCAGUCAGUAUGCUAAAUGAAUCUAUAGAAAGUUAUUACUUGUAUCUGAGACAUAUACUGACUAAGAUAUGAGGGGGAAAAAAUGGUCAUGAAUAGAUAAACUAAAAGAUGCAAUUGAAAUUGUACUACAAA